CGCUUCGCGGCGCGCCUUGUCUGGGAGGGAAGCAACUUUCGAGCCGCCGCCCAGGUGAACAGUCCGUGAUGCAGCUUUGCGCCCGCCACCCACCCCGACAGCGCAUCCCAGAUUGCCGACCCGAAACGCGCGACCCUAACGGGCGUUGCUCCUGAUCGUUCCUUGAUGACAUCGCUACAUUGAGCCUCGCGACAAUGGCUUCAGGGCCGCUGAAGCGACUCUCCCCCUAUGGAGACGAUGAACUCCCCACUGCCAAGCGGACUCGGACAGAUUCAACCCUCACCAUCGUCGCCGCUCCCGAUCCCAAGCCAACAGGUGCCCAGCCCGUGGCCGAACUCACGAGCAUGGAAGAGCAGGCCCGGAGCGGGCUGCGACGCAGCAUCGCGCUGAUACUACAACAUGUUGGCUUCGACUCGACGUCGGGGCCAGCGCUGGAGCGCCUGACGGAGAUGACAGAAGAAUACAUGCUCAUGUUCAGUGGCGAGGUCAUGCUUUUCGCCUCGGCCGCCCGACGAUCACAGCCCAUCCCUACCGAUUACGAUAUAGGACUAAAACGCGUGAACCUGGGCACCGGGCUGCUCAAGCCGCAUCUGAAGCCGCCGAUACCGAAACCGAGGAUAACGCCGACCUACGCAACCCCCGCGGGGCUCGUCGACACGCACCAGAAGGGUCUGCCGUUGCUGGGAGAGGAGCUGAGCGGCCGGCCAGAGAAGGAGGCCAAGAUCUACAUCCCCAAAUCGUUCCCGGACUUCCCCAGCAUUCACACCUACAAAGCGACGCCCCAGGACACGGACGAGGUGACUGUACAGGGCACGGGUCUCAGGUGGAGCGACGACGGCACGCCCGUGGUUGGGGUAGAGCACGACCUAGCCGCCGCCGCCGCCGCAGCGGAGGAGGCGGCCAUGCCCGGCGCCGCAAGAGACCCUAGGCGCGUGCGAGAGGCAUCGGCUCGGGAGUCCAAGCAGGCCGAAGAGGCGCUGCGUCGGGUCGUGCGCGCCAGCAAGAUCAACACGCUUAAGGAGGCGCGCCUCGCUGCCCAGCGCGGGAACCACAGUCGCCGCAGGUACGAUUUCUGGGAGGAGGCGAUGCGCGAGAUGGUCGAAGAGGGCGCGGGGGUCAAGGCCAACGGGAAGGGCGGUUCUCUCGGCCUCAGUCUCGGUGCCGGCGCCAGCAAGUCGCUUGGCACAAGCAGCAGCGCGAGGAGCGAAAUCGCGGACCACAGUAUGAUCGUCAACGCACAGAGGUCGCACCACCGCCAGGAAGUCUCGCGCUCCGGCAAGCGGGCACAUGGCGACGCUACGGCGGGGAAAUAAGCCUUCCUCGUUCUCCGAGCCCGUUCUCGGCGUAUAGAUAGUUCGCUUGCCGGGGUGGGCUUUCCACUCAUACCUUCUUCCGUUUCCUUUACUACUGGGGCACAUGCGGCGUCAUGAAAUAGAGACCACGGCAUUUUGCGCGGAGUUGGGUGUACUUUUCGGUACUUGGGUGCCAUCAUUGGAAUUCCUCUUUUGGCUUUCUUUUUUACAGUGUAAUUUUAUAUCAAUAUCAUGGCAUGAUAGCGUGCCUUCGAUUUUGAUACCCGAGAAUGUCUUGGGGAAUAAUCGAGGCUCAUCCGGCACGUCCCUUUCUACCCGCUUCUCCAUCGCCGCCACCUCAAGAAGGUGUCGCCAAAUGAAAU